AUGGUGGUUUCGACAGAAGAUGGUGCGGCUUUUGCCCAACCUACAGACCAUCAGAUGGACGCCGCACGGAGGGCUCGAGAGUUCUACCACUACUUUCAACCAGACAAUCUUCUCCAGCCUCACCUACGCCGUCCACCCUCCGGUUUCCAUAUCUCCAGCGAUGACGUCCCCAACCUGUGCAAGGCUCUCUCUCCCCUCUGUCAAUUGACAGCGCUCCGCUUGAAAGCCAGAAAAGCAAUGGUCAAUGUCAUGGAUCGGGAUGUCAUGUAUUUCCUGAGUGAAGCCACAAAAAUCUCCACGGAAGAGGGUGACGAGACGUAUGAGUUCGUUGAGGAUCCCAUCUUCUUAGACUGCAGCUCAGUGCCGCUCAAGGGGAAAAUCUGUGAAUUGACUAUCCGGCUCGACAAUAAAGAUGAUAACACUGUGCCCAAGUUUGUAAUCAACGACCUGUCCAAGUCUGAAUUUGCCCACAUGGAAAUUGUCUCGGGCCCUCCAUAUUACAGAUUUUACGCAGGCGUCCCGAUCACAACAAGAGAUGGCGUCAGUAUCGGCAGUCUCGCCGUCCUGGACACUCUGACUCGUCCAAACGGUUUGACCCCUGCCGAAGAAUCGUUCCUCGCGUCUACCGCGCAGCAGAUAAUGUUCUUUCUCGAGACGAACAGACAAGCAAUAGAAGGACGUCAGUCUCGCCGAAUGGCCGAAGGUCUCGAGGCUUUCAUUGCCGGCCGCAAGAGUAUUCAUGGUGAGAAAACCGGAUACCUCUACAACGCCGUUUUUAAGAGGAGGUCCAAGACCGCAUAUGGCCUGACAGUGCCCCUCGAAAUCGACGCUUCUCAAACAUGGCAAAAGUUGAUCGGCCAGAGUGAGCCGAACUUGCGAAGCCAGACCGCCGUCCCCCUUGAACAUGCCGAAGAUCUCAGCGCGUCGGAACAGUCCUCGGACACGGAUGACUUGAAGGGAAACUCGGAGAGCGAUGGCGAAUCAAGGACUCACACGAAAACAUUUGCAAGAGCUGCGAAUCUGUUGCGAGAAUGCCUAGGAGACCUCGGCGAGGAGGGUGCUGUCGCAUUUGUCAACGUGGGUGCUCGCCUGCGUAACACGAACAAAAAGAAUGGAAAUGCUCUUGGCCAGACUCUGGGACCCAACAACGGAGCGCCUCAGUCGGCGGCGAAGUCUUCAUUUGUCGCGUACUCGACGCAAUCCAACCCGAUCAUUCCCGAAAAAGGAUUGGAUGAUAGAGUAAAAGCUUUGGACAUUGAAUUAAUCCAGGAUCUUGUCAAACGAUAUCCUGGGGGUCGAUUGUUCACCUUGGAAUGGAAUGCAUCCUCUUCGUCUGAAGAUGAUAUAGACCCGUCGAGGAGACUCAGGAGUUUGUCAAGCCAGGCGCGCAUACCUAGCCGUCGGAGACAACUGGAAGUUAAGGCCAUCCGGACCGCCUUUCCCUGUGCGGGACAAGUCCUCUUCACACCUCUCUGGGAUGCAACAACGGGAUCUUUUGCCUAUGCUUGUUUCGUUGCAACAGCAUUGGAGACGCGACCCUUUAACUCUUCCAUUGAACUGCCCUUCCUCAACUCUUUCUGCAGCACAUUGAUGGGUGAGUGCUCACGCCUAGACACAAUGAUCGCGGACAAGCAAAAAUCCGAUUUUGUCGGUACGAUAUCUCACGAAAUGCGAAGCCCUCUACAUGGGCUUCUUGCCAGUGUCGAGUUCCUGGCCGAAACAGAUCUCUCUGGUUUCCAGAGAUCUCUUAUUUCCACAAUCGAUUCUUGUGGGCGAACACUUCUGGACACCAUCAACCACGUUCUAGACUUCUCAAAAAUCAACUCUUUUCAAAAGCACUGGCAGGCCUCGAACAAGAAGCACACGCAUGGAUCACGACGCACCAACUUUCUAGGCCCCGAGAAUUCUUCAAAAACUAUCUCUCAUGGUGCUCCUGCACUCCUACAGCUCCUUGGCGUUAUAGACGUGUCGGCCGUGUUGGAGGAAGUGGUUGAUGGUUUGGUUCUGGGUUACACUUACACGUCUGGAUUGGACCUUACGGAUAUGCCGCGUGAGGCACCAGGCCGAGGGAAAAAAGAACGGCUCGAACACCAUUCCGUAGACGCUGUCAAGAUCACGUUGGACGUGCAGAAGGCCGAUUGGACGUUCUUAACCCAGCCGGGUGCGGUCCGCCGCAUCAUCAUGAAUUUAACCGGAAAUGCCAUCAAAUACACGAGUCGAGGAACUAUCAAGGUCCGGCUCCGGCUGCAGAGCUCUCAGGAGAAAGACAGCGAUGUAAUGGUGUUGACGGUGGCAGAUACUGGACAGGGUAUCUCGCAGGAGUUCUUAUCUACCAAGCUCUUUGUACCAUUCGCGCAAGAAAAUGCUCUGGCACCGGGCACUGGACUUGGGUUAAGCAUUGUCCGCAGCAUUGUCCUGAUGCUGGGGGGUUCGAUCGAUGUGAAGAGCAAAUUGAACGAAGGGACGACGGUCGAGGUUGUUCUACCCAUCAAGAGACCUCUACCAGGUCAGACUUCGACUCAGACUACACCUUAUUCUGACGGCACUGGUGGCAUAAAUUCUUCAGGAAGCUCCACUGCCGAUAACUCGAUUUCAUUGCUGAGGGAUGAAUGGUCGGACGCGACGGUGACGUUCUGGCAAUCACAACUGCAGCCUGAUGACGAAUUGGCACGCAUUGUCGAAUCAUAUAUACAGGAUUGGUACAAUCUUGAGUUCUUAGACCAGCGACUAUGUGAUAGCUGCGCUGUUGUCAUUGCAGAGGAGGAGGACUUGGAGCUCUUGCUUAGCAGAUUGGUGGCAACACCUGGACGACGUCCUGCAUUAGUGAUAAUGUGUUCGGUUCUGUCCAGGCACAGCGUGGCACUCGUGCAGUCUUUGGAAGAACGCAUUUGCAGUGCGGUGGAAUUUGUAUCAGAGCCUUGUGGUCCUCACAAACUGGCUCGUAGUAUACGGCUGGCUCUUGAAAAGCAAGCGGCUGUGCGAUCACGGUUUUCGCUGACGACCAACCAGCGAGACGCCUUUCCGAGCCUUGAACAUACAACCUCUGUCACAGCAGAAACAGAGUUGGUGACAGAAGAAUUGGCCGAGAUGGAUCUAAAUGCGCCCGGCGAAACAGUUAACACCAAGGUGGUUCAGGCGACGGAGACUUUUGCCGCAUCUCAAGGCAGCCAUAACGCGCAGAUGGCAAUCCAUGAUCCAAUAACUGCUUUGCGGACGCCGAGAAAUCAUGUGAGCGAAGGAGAUUCUUUCCCCUUUCCCUCACAUAGUCAAGAGAGUUCGAGGAUGCGUCGCGAGAGCGAUCGUUGGUCUGUCCACAUGAGCCCAAGCAAUCCAGCCUCACCCCAAGAAGCGCCAAAUGCUCACUCAAGAAUUCCCUCUAUACCACAGCCGAAAACCGGUAGAGUUGAUCCGCAUAUUCUUCUGGUGGACGACAAUAGAAUCAACUUGAAGCUGCUCGAAACAUUCCUCAAGACAAAGCGGAAAUAUGGCAGAAUUGAACAAGCGGAGGAUGGUCAGCAGGCCGUUGAUGCAGUCAAAUUGGCGGAAGAUCCGUUUGAUAUCAUCUUUAUGGACAUCUCCAUGCCGGUGUUGGACGGAUUCGAGGCUACUCGUGCCAUUCGUCAGUUCGAAGAUCGUCGAGGCUCCAAGCCUGGUGCUAUGAUCAUCGCUUUGACCGGAUUGGCGAGUGCCAGAGACCAAACUGAAGUUUUCAGCAGCGGAUGUGACAUCUACAUGACGAAGCCUGUGAGCUUCAAAGAGGUGGGCAAGCUUCUGAAUAAUUGGGAGGCUCACAAGAACAUUGAGUCAACAUGA